CUCUGUGCCAUCGGCGGAAUCAGCGGAAUCGGAGCAAUCCGGCGGAAUAUAUCUACGGGGAGGAAUCGGGGCGAUAAGCGGCGGGUCCGUCGCUUAGUGCAAUAAUCAAUAAACGUGUGCUGUGCAAACUUCACUUCCAGCCAAAGAUAAAACCCAGUUGAUUGUGAAAUUCCUGCUAUUAUAAAAAUACCUCACUGGGAAAACAUAAAUUCCCCCCGAAAUCUAUUGAGAACUCCCCAAAAAAACGCUGGAAUUUUCCACUUGCAUUUUCCACGCAUCGUUGGACUUUGGGGUUGAUUUUCGCCCGGAAAAAUCCAUGAAAAUAACUUUCAAGUGCGCCACGCUCAAGAGAAAGCGCUAAGAGGAAAGGAGUGUUCAUUUCGUUUCGGGGGGGCCAAGAAGCAGCUAGCACGGCAUGUCUCUGGAGGAUCCCUUUUUCGUAGUCAAGGACGAGGUAUUCAAAGCUCUGAACAAAACCCGCGGCCUGUAUCUGCGUUGGCGGGAGCUGGGCGAGAGCGGUGGCACGGAGGCUGAAUGGACCACCACCGAGCUGCGUAAUUCGCUGCGGAGCAUCGAGUGGGAUCUCGAGGACCUUGAGGACACUAUCAGCAUCGUCGAGAAGAAUCCAAGCAAAUUUCGGAUCGACAAUCGUGAACUCUCCAGCCGGCGCCAUUUCAUCGACAACACCCGCGAUGAGGUCAAGCAGAUGAAGGAUAAGAUGAGCCUGAACCGUAGCCGGGACAGAGACAUCACCGCACAUCAGCCGCUGCUCGACAACGAUCGCCACAGCCCCAAUCAUAAUCACAGCUCCAUUGCCAUUGCCAGCUCGAAUACGAACUCGAAUUCCAACGAGUAUCAUCAGCAUCCCAGCAACGAUCGCGCCUAUUUGGUGGAGUGUCCCAGCGGACUCAACGGCAACUCGCUGAUCAACAGUGGCAGUCAGGUGGUGGCCAAUACAAUUGCAGGAACCAUGUCGGCGGCAGCAGCAGCCGCUUCCCGCCACAGCGGUACCAAAUACUCCAAGCUUGAGAAUGCCUUGGACAGUCCCAGUCACUAUGGGCAGUCGCAGCAUUCCGGUGGUAUGGACAGUCCCAGUCAUAGGUAUGUGGCCGAAACGGUGUCCAUACAGCAGCGCAUGAUUCAGGGCCAGGAUGAGCAACUGGAUAUGAUCAGCGAUUCGAUUGGCACCCUGAAGACGGUAUCGCGGCAAAUUGGCGUUGAGCUGGACGAGCAGGCGGUGAUGCUGGAUGAUUUCGGUAAUGACUUUGAGUCCACGGAGUCCAAGCUGGACACGACCAUGAAGAAAGUUGCCAAAGUGUUGCACAUGAAUAAUGAUAAACGACAGUGGGCCGCAAUUCUCAUCCUAUCCGGGCUGUUAUUGUUUGUGAUAAUUUUGUUUAUUAUUUUGUAAUUGCUUUCGUUUUCUGUUCCACAAAUCGGUUAUAUAUAUAUUUUUUUAGUGUAAAUUAGUUUUACUUAUGAAACUUGGCUUGGUUUUUAAUUCAGCAAAUCAAAUAUAUAUUUUUAAACAAA